UUUCAUUUCCGUCAUAGCGAUUGAUCAAUCGACAGCGACAAGACUAUCAUUGCUCUGACUCUCAAGUCACGCUUCGACAGGAAUCCUCUUUUGCUCAUCUAUGGCCCUCUAGCAACAAUGGCUACUGCAACACGAGUAGGCAGAGCAUGCCUCUACCGCCGGUCACCCACGACUCCCAGCAUUCCCUGGCACCUGACCCGUCCUCUCUUCGAACCCGUUCCCUCAUAUCGCCAACCUCAAUUCCACAUACAACUCCGCGUCCACCAACGGCGACCAUUUACCUGCACUUCUCGACGAUGCAAAGAAGACCGACAAAACCACGAAGAGAGCUUCUCCUCACGCCUAGGCAAAGCAUGGCGAGCCACGCGUAUCGAAUGGAAACCCAUACCCAUCGGCCUGGGCAUUGGCUUCCUAGGCCUUGUCCAGUUCAUGCGCAUUCGCAACCGAGAAGGCGGCGCACAAGAGGGUCCUGGAGAGACAGACGGCAAACGGCCGCCCAAACGUGAAAGAAUAUACCCAACUGGGGGCGGCUGGCAGGUUCAAAUCAUGUCGACACUACCCUUGAAAGCCAUAUCGAGGGUCUGGGGCCGCUUCAAUGAACUUACCAUACCCUACUACCUCCGUGUCCCCGGCUUCAAGCUGUACGGCUGGAUCUUUGGCGUCAACUUCUCCGAGAUUGGCGAACCAGACCUCCACGCCUACCCGAAUCUCGCAUCUUUCUUCUACCGCGAGCUCAAGCCGGGCCUGCGCCCUCUCGACCCGAACCCCAACGCCGUCCUCUCACCAGCGGAUGCUACAGUCCUGCAAUUCGGCAACAUCGAGAAUGGCAAAGUCGAACAAGUCAAGGGCAUGACAUACAGCGUCGACGCUCUGCUCGGGAAAAUCGCACCAACUACCCCCAACCCCCAAUCACCGUCUUCUAUCUUUGCAGCUCCCAAGGACCAACAAUCCCGCCCUGAAGAUGAUCCGGAUCUCGAAGCAAAAUCCAUUCGUGCAGACGAAGAAUUCGCCAACAUGAACGGCAUUUCUUACACUCUGCCCAACCUGUUCUCAGGCACCCAAUCAUCCCCCAAAUCCCAAUCCAAGCAAGACGCAUCCACCAAAUCACUUCCCUCGUCCGAGGCCGCCGUGUCCGCUGACUUGGCCUCAACCCAGCCCUGGUGGUCCCCCUUCUCCUCUCCCUCCACCAACACCAAACUACACUACUGUGUCGUCUACCUCGCUCCCGGUGAUUACCACCGGUUUCACAGCCCCGUCAGCUGGGUGUGCUCUGCUCGUCGGCAUUUCGCAGGCGAACUAUACUCCGUCAGUCCCUAUGUCCAGCGCAUGCUGCCCGGUCUGUUCACUCUGAACGAGCGCGUCGUUCUCCUGGGGCGCUGGAAGUACGGCUUCUUCAGUUACACCGCUGUUGGGGCCACCAACGUCGGAUCCAUAGUAAUCAACUUCGACAAGGAGCUUCGCACGAACUCCCUGACCACAGACACUGAGGCGGACAGACAAGCUGCUGCAGCCGCGGAGCGGGGUGAACCGUACUCAGGUUUCAGCGAAGCAACGUACGAUAACGCGAGUAAAGUCCUCAAGGGACAUGCGCUGCGUAGGGGCGAAGAGAUGGGCGGGUUCAAGCUCGGUUCGAGUAUUGUCUUGGUCUUUGAGACUCCAGCGGGACGCAAGAAGGACAGCCUAGAUGAAGGCGCAACUGUCGACGCAGAGAGCUCCAGUGGAUUCAGAUGGAAUGUUGAGCGCGGACAAAAAGUCAAAGUCGGUCAGGCUCUGGGAUAUGUGCUUGAUGAAGAAUAAGAACAGCCACGGCCUACGGCUACAAUUCACCACGGUCCUACUCAGCCACCCACCCAUGUAUCAUCAUCAAAACGAACAUACCAUACCGACAUGUGAAAUCUCGCCCGUGAGGCGGGACGUCAUGGUACGGCUGUGGAAGACCGUUGAUGCCGUCGACCCACCACAGGACCAUCUGACCUGUACACUAUACCAAUGCAAUAUACAAUUGACCACAACGCCAUUUCGCCUUUUCACGUUCCAUUCUCCUCUUCCAGUUGCGCAAUCGGACCUCCAUGCCGGAUCGUGAAAUGACUCCCUUCACGCCGAAACAGCAAUGUCUCAGGCAAACACCGAUGGUAAAUAUGACACCAUGUUUGAAACAAGGAUUUACUGCCUGCUUCUCAUUUGCGUCAAGGUCAUAAAAGACAAAUUAUGCCCAUCAGUCGAUGCGCCGUUCUGCACUAUACAUAAACGCUUUUCAGUUUCAGACAGCCGCAAGGCCCGGAGGGCGUUAUAUUUAUAUCCACGCACUAUUGACGUUAUUUCGUCGACGUCGGUGUGAUGUGGCUGGAUGGGAGAAAGACCGACAGCAAGUAUCUAAUGGUCCAAAUCUGGGCAACUAAACCCCAAACGUCCUGUCCAUCGGAGCAAGACCAGUACCGCAGGGUACAUAGCCGCAUGGCCACAUACCCAGUAAGUUGCCCUCACUCAGUUGUCCUCGCUCUCUCUUCCGAGACGCGAUUACGGGAGAACUCCACGGCCUCCAACUCCCGUCCGCGUUCCUCAUCCUCUUCGCAUGCCGACCGUCAUAGCAUCUCACCUCGCAACCUCUCGCUAGCCUCAUGAGACUGGCUUCUCUGAGUCGGGUGAUGACGCACGCGAUUAGCCUGCGGGUCACCACAAAUGGGUGGUUGGUUGGGCGGAGGUUGGCAUGAUCUUGGGUCACGUACGAAUAACAGGGGUACCGCUUGCAUUUACGCUGGCUGUGCGCCUUGUUCUGUUUGGCCCUGGUGUGGAUUGGUUCUUGCGGUUUAUUACCAGGGAUGGCCAAACAUCGAUCAAGUCAUGAAUUCGUCGACUGCGCCAACACAAUGCUGUUACCGAAUCUCUGGCCCAGGUCCUGACUAUUGACCCGACCAAUGAAUCAACGCGGACCUCAGUAUAGUGGGGCCGGGCUUCUGGACGAACAAACUCUGGGUAUCGACCAUAUCAUGGUCGUAUGUCAACGAUUCUCUUCUUCUGUGACUACGGACCAUCAACAGUCUUGUGAUGCAGCAAGUGCACUCGUCGGCGCUCGGAUUCAUGAAAGUAUCAGACAUCUCGGACGUCCCCUCGAAGGUAGGACGUUGAUUAUACCUUUUAAGUAUAAGGGAAUCGAAGCUAACUACGAUCCCGACGACGGUCCCGACGGCGACGUGGAAGCAACAGAGUCAAUGCGCGAUGAUCACGCGAUGCUACCACUACGACCGAUGAUGCGUGGACCAGCAUCGUCGAAGCGAGAGAAAGGGGUCUGUGAAGCGCAUGGCCGUCGUGAGCUUACAAAUGUUAGCGGCGAGAGAAGUGAUAAGGCUCAAGAGAUGGCAAACAACCCUGGUAGAUAGCCCAGUUGACUCGGUUGCCGUAAGUUUAGGAUUCGACAUGACUCGGGUUUCAAACAUCGGCGGGG